UUUAUCUGGUCUUAUUACUGAUGUUUUGUGAAACGUUUUAAAGAAGGAGUUGCAUUUCUGCUUUAUUUUGAUUUAAUGAUAUUGGAUUUUUUCAGAGAGGGAGCCCUGAACAUUUUAUUUUUGUUUACAUCCACACUUUCCUACACAACAUUGGCUACCUGGAGGACUACCUAAACCUGUGUGAUGUGAUACAAUCUAACUAAAUAGGCUCAACAUCGACAAGAUGAUCUCGUGGGGAGUCAUACUUGUGUGUGUGUCAUUAUCAUGGAGGCUAGAAACAGCAUCAUCCCAGACUCAUGAAGUGGUGUGUUCAGGUACGCAGAACGGACUGAGCUCCACAGGUUCUCAGGAGAUUCAGUACAAUCUGAUUAAGGAACGAUAUGAUGGCUGUGAGAUCAUCAUGGGAAACCUGGAGAUCACUCAGAUUGAGAGUAACUGGGACUUUUCCUACCUCAAGACAAUCCGAGAGGUGACUGGCUACGUCCUUAUUGCCAUGAACCAUUUUCAAGAGAUUCCUCUUGGCCAACUUCGGGUCAUCAGAGGAAACAGCCUUUACGAGAGACGCUUUGCCCUCUCUGUCUUCUUUAACUAUCCCAAGGACGGCUCCAACGGCCUGCGGCAGCUAGGACUCGCAAAUCUGACAGAGAUUCUGGAGGGAGGAGUGCAGAUUAUCAACAACAAAUACCUGAGUUAUGGCCCCUGGAUCUUCUGGCAAGAUAUCAUUAGGGACAACAGUGCUCCUAUUGAAAUCCAGUUCAAUGGAGAGAGAGGCCCCUGCCACAAAGCUUGUGGAGAUUACUGCUGGGGGCCAAAUAAGGACCAGUGUCAGAUAUCGCUUCUCAGCCUGAGGACACUGUAA